AGCGGAAGGGCAAAGGUCGACUUUAUGAAGGUUGACUUUCUCCGAGAAAAUUCCUCACAUUUUCCAACGAAAAAACUGCUAAACCAUGCGAGAUUUAUGUAGCCUGCCUGCUGUACACCAUAUGUGGGACCCUCCAGCAUGGGACAAGUACUGAGCUCACGGAGGGCGUCCAAGAACUUCAGUCCACCCCCCUCCCCCAUUGGUGCCUCGUACGAACCAGAAUUUGUCAAGCAACCAGAGCUGAAAGAGACGGCCACAGCAAACAACCCAGGUAAAGUACACAACAAUCCACCAAACAGUGUCCCAGCGGAAAAUGUAAGUCCUUUCCAGACAACUUUUGGGGACAAUGUAUUCCCCACAACAGAAUCUUUAGCUCAGAGUUUGUCUGCAGAAAUGGGGGGGAAGCAAGGGGGAAAGUUCUUGGUGCCUGUUCCACCGGAGAAGGAUUUAUUGGAAGAUGGUUACUGCACUUCUCAACAGCUCUUCAACUACAUGAAUGACUCCAUGGGGAGCCAUUUCAUCUUCGACACCAGGUACAUGCUGAUUCUGGACUGUCGUGAGAAAGCUGCGUACGCUGAGAAGCACAUCGUGACGGCAAAACCCGGAGACGCGAUCUACACGGACUACGGCUGCCUGCUUCACGACGGGCAGUUGAAACACUUUGUGUACAUCGUCCUGUACGGUGACAGCAGUGAUCUGUCCCCCACCUCCGAGCUGUUCCAACUUUACAAGGAGAUCAAAGCUCGAGAGUACGAGCCCGAAAUUCUGGUGGGCGGAUUUGAGGAGUUUUCGCAAAGGUAUCCCUUCCUCUGUACGGACAAGAUGGUCGCUAGUGUUGCAGACCGCAGGGCGCUCAUCUCGUACUACCCUUCGGAGAUCGUACUGGGUGCCUUGUACCAAGGGCGUGGUGACCAAGCCACCAAUGAGAAGAUCGUAAGUGACCUAAGGAUCUCUCACAUUGUUAACAUUUCUAAGGAGCACCAAAACGCCUUCCCUAUCUACAUAAGGUACAUGAACAUCAGAGUGGACGACGACAUGUCUGCCAACGUCACACAGCUACUACCCAAAACAACAGAGUUCAUUGCAGAAGCGAUUGAAAGCGGGGGACGUGUUCUGGUACACUGUAACCUCGGCGUGAGUCGCAGCUCGACGGUUACGAUAGCGUAUCUCAUGAAACAGCGGCAGUGGACGAUGAAGGACGCCUUCGACUUUCUAAAAGAGCGACGGCAAGUCGCACAACCAAACAUGGGGUUCCUGAGACAGUUGUCCAAGUACGAGGUGGAGUUGUUUGGAUCAAAACUGACAGACAUUGACGAUUGCAUCUACUUCUGACACAUCCUCAUCUUUCAGGUUGUUGAGUUUGCUUGAUCAAAAUGAUUGAUUUCAGGUAGGGCCUAGGAAAAAAAUGUUGUGUUUCCUGUUUCAUUCCUGAAAAAAUUAGGGUCGGUGGGUAGG